GUUUGUGAUAGAAAAAAUACUUUAUUGAGUUUGAGAAAUUCGUAAUUGACCUGAAUUUGUUUUUCUAAUGAUUAUAGAUAUUUAUUAUUACUAAGUAUUGAGGAAUGGUACACUCCAUCAUUAAAGCAUGGAUAUUUAAUAUUUUAAUGAAUUUUUAUUUGCUAAUGCUUUUUCUUAUUCAGUAACUAUGUUAAAUAUUUCCUUUAGCAUAUAUAAUAGUAAUUAAAUUUAUUCAAAAAACGAUUACCUUAGUUCUUUAACGAGAAAUCUCGUUCUAAUAUUAAUUGAACUCUUUAGAAAAGAUAUUCUCGAGUUAUUGAUUUAUUUAAACACAGAUGAAAAUCAAAGAUUCUUAAAUUGAUUUUUCUCAGAAUAGAUUUAAAAAUCCAUUGUUGCCUAUUAUAUUCUAACAUGUGAUCAUGGGGUCUCUGACCUUUUAUUCAAUUUAAUGUUGAAUACACUUAAUCUUUAAUGAUAUUGACCUAUUUUUUUUCUAUUAUUUUCCUUUAUUUUACCUAAACAGGGUUUUGAGACGAGGAGAACAAAUAUAAAGCAUAGGCUGUUUGCUCAAAGAAAUGCUGCUGGACAAUUGACACAAAGUCCAAAUUCAACACUGAUUUUCCCCAGUCCGCAUAGUGAUACAUCCUUAAAUCGACCUCGAAAGAGCAUUUAUAAAACUGACUAUGACUGCUUUUUGAAAGAUAUAACAGACGAAAAUCUGCCAAAAAUGGUUUGGAAAACAACAGAUAAUACCGAUAUAUUUACUACAAAAAACUUAAAAACCCUGUGUGAGGCAACGGAUAUUUACUAUCCUUUAAAAUAUUCUGCGUCUGAAUGUCCUGCACAAAGUUUGGGUUCUUUUAUUGCCAGAUUAAGGAUGAAAAGUUGCUCUCAGAUAAACGAUAAUGAUGUUAGAAUUGUCAAACAUCUAAUGUCAGAUUGUAGUAUCAUAUAUUUCGGGGGCCAUUGGCAGAGUUGUAGUAAAAACGCUACAUGCAGAGAUCAAAGCAUUCAGUGUUUUAUGGAUGGCAGAGAUAUAUACCUGUUUAAAAUGUUUCAUUAUUUUACUGAUAAUAGAUACUUGGCAGAUAAAUCAAAGGUUACAUAUGCCCAAGUUAUUGGAAAUGGUAUUAUUAACAAAGAUGAAUAUUUCAAUGAUCUCUUAGAUGGAAAGAUAGUGUAUAAGAACUUAAAUUUGGCAGGACUAUAUAUGGAUAACAGAAUAAACGUCUUUUUAGAUUAUAUGAAAAAAGAUCUUUUGUUUAUCGGUGUUGGAGGGAUUGCCAUUCUCUUCCUAACAGCCUUCUAUGUAAGGUCUUUGGCUGUCAUGAUUUCCACUUUGAUGCACAUGAUAUUUAGCUUUCUUCUUGCAUAUUUUCUCUAUCAUAUUAUAGUCGGUGUUAAAUUUUUUCCAUUUAUGAAUUUACUCUGCCUAUUAAUACUGAUUGCUAUCGGAGCUGAUGAUGUGUUUAUAUUUUUCGAUGCCUGGAGCUUAGAGUUCGAAAGAGAAAAGACAAUAACUGUUGAAAAGCUCUUAAAAAGAACAUUGAAACAUGCUAUGAGUUCCAUUACUGUAACAUCAUUGACCACAGCUACAGCUUUCUUUGCUUGCUAUGUUUCUCAUAUCACAGCUAUAAAGUGCUUUGGGAUAUUUUGUGGAAUUGCCGUUUUGUGUAAUCUAUUUUUUAUGAUUACUUGGAUACCACCGAUAGCUGUUGUGCUGCACUGUAUGAAAAAAUGUGAUUGUAAAUGUCCAAAGUUUGAGAUAUUGACCAGAGUGAAACUUGCUGUAUUUGCUAAAUUUUUACCGAAUAUGGUUAUAAAAUUUAGACAUUUCUUUAUCAUUUUUUUUGCUUUGAUAGGAAUGUUUGGAUUUAUUUUUACAUUUUACAAGCCAAAAUUACAAUUGCCAACAAGUGAAAAUUUUCAACUACUACCUAAAACUUUCCAUCUCGAAGCAUGGUUUCAAACAUACGAAAAGAAAUUCCAAAACACUCAGAAUUCUCCAAACGUUAUUGUUGAAUUUUUGUACGGUGUUAAGCCUAUCGACAAUGGAGAUUCAAUGGAGCCUGGAGACAAUGGAACCUUGGUUUUUAAUAAUUUAGAUUUUUAUGGUACAGAAUUUCAGAAUCAUUUGUUAAAAUUUUGCCAAAGUGUAAGAAAGCAACCGUGGGCAAGACUUGGCGGCGGUGAAUGUUCAGUUGAAUACUUUUAUCGGAUGAUACAGGCAGAUUGUAAAGAGGGAAUGUUCGAAGCUCCAUGCUGUGGUCAGGAUCCUAACUAUAUGAAUAGGUCAAUUUUGGAACAUUGUUUUCCACAAAUGACAAAAGGAGGCUACUUUAUUGGAAAUGCUUUGUAUACUCUCAAAUCUACAAAUAUAAAAGCUUAUAGAAUUAUCGUCAACAUGUCAGAUACUUUUACGUUUAGUUUUAAAGGCAUGGCAACGAUUUAUGACAAGUUGGAUAAGUUCUGGCAUGAGAAUGGUAAUAAGGACGGAUUCUUCUCUUCAAUGUUCUUUGAUUUUUAUGAUCUUCAAUUGUCAUUAUCAACGGAAACGUUUCAAGCAAUGGCGGUUUCUCUGGCCAUGGCUUGUGCUGUCAUGUUCAUUACCACAUUUAACAUCUUGAUUACACUUUUAGCGAUUUUAACUAUAGCCUGUGCAAUCUUUGUAACAGUAGGUUCGCUGGUUCUUGCAGGAUGGCAAUUAAAUAUCUUGGAGAGCGUUGCAAUUUCUCUUGCUGUUGGUUUAAGUAUUGAUUUCGCCAUCCAUUACGGCGUUGCUUUCCAGCUCUCAAGAGAAACAAGUAGGAUAAAAAAGACGCAUGAAUCAUUUACUAAUAUCAGUUCUGCUGUGAGCAUGGCCGCUCUGUCAACUUUUUUGGCAGGAGUUUUAGUUCUGCCUUCAAAGGUCUAUGCUUAUUUUCAACUGGGUUUAUUUUUAACUGUAGUAAUGAUAGUCAGUUGGAUAUAUGCUACUUUCUUCUUUCAAUCGUUAUGUGCUACUUUCGGUCCUGAAAAUAACUUCAUGCAAUUGCCAAUAUUUGGAACUUGCAAGGAGAAUACUAAUUUAAUAGAAGAUUCUGAGAAUCGAAGUACCGCCAGGACAAGUUUAAGUAGCGGUUUCAAUGAAGGUGCUGAUGUUUUGAAUUAUGAGGAUGAAGAUGAUGAAAAAAAGGUCAAUCUUUAUGAGAGUGUCUAA